ACCCAACUGCUUCCCCAGAUCAGUCGUCCGAUAGCGUCAUCCCUCCACACCAACCUCCAACUUCCGCACGAAACAAAACACUGCCCGCUGCCCGUGCAAACAUCUAUCGCCACACAGACUUUCGCACCGGCAACACCGACAGCAACACUUUUCGACACUCGCACUGCACCAUUUUCGGCCACCGCAUCCGGCACACUGCCCACGACACCAGGCUUCUCAGAGCCCAAUCACUCUUGGCUGCGAUGCGUCUCUAGCACGGGAGCCAAUUCAACAUGGCGUUCAACUUCAACUGGUCGCCUCUGACGGCCGACGCGGAAUUCUAUAAGCGAGCCCGUGAUCUCCUGACGACGGCCUUGAACAAGUCGCCGAAGCCGCCCAUCAUUGUCGAUGACAUAAUCGUGACCGAGUUCAACCUUGGCUCCGUGCCGCCCGACCUGGAGAUUCUCGAGAUUGGCGACCUGGCCGAGGACCGCUUCAGGGGAAUAUUCAAGAUGUGCUAUUCGGGGGACGCCUUCUUGACGCUCAAAACAAGAGUCCAGGCCAACCCCCUUAACACAUACCUCUCUGCGAAGCCAGGUUUCACAUCUCCGCAGCCACUGGCGGCCGCCUCAAGCCUUACUAUACCGCUUCAGAUCACGCUUUCUGAGAUCAAGCUGUCGGCUUUCAUCAUCCUGGUCUUCUCCAAGCAAAAGGGGCUGACCAUUGUCUUCCGAAAUGAUCCCCUCGAGUCCCUCAAGGUUUCGUCUACCUUUGACUCAAUUCAGUUUGUCCGCGACUACCUCCAGCGGACAAUCGAGGGCAAGCUGCGUGAUCUGAUGAUGGACGAGCUGCCUGCUAUCAUCCACCGGCUUUCGCUCCAGCUGUGGUGCCCCGAUCAGAUGGUGAAGGAGGACGAGGAGCCCAAAGAAGUUGAUGAACCCGGCGUGAAUCCCUUGGCUACGCCACCCCUGGAUGCUGUUGACGCACAUGGGCAUCUUCUCGACCCUGCUGCGAUAUCAGAACUGACGCUUGAUGGAGGACCGGAAGCGCAGUUAUUGUUCUCACAAAAGACGCUACGUCGACUAUCAGACCUCACAAGAUCCCAGGUGACUUCGUCAUUAGACACUGCCGCUCCCGGGGACGUCUUGUUUAGGGCUUGGGCGGGGCAGUCGGACAAAGACACAAACUCCCCUCCGCUCUCCACGCCAAACCUGGCCAGGUCAUCAUCUUACACAAGUGCUCAUACCUACACUUUCUCGGACAGUGGAAGUCAGGACCAUGGCUCUGUACCGUCAAGACCGUCCCUGGUCCACCUCAACUCCGCAACCGCAGGUUUAUCCCUUGGCUCUGGGCGACACAGCAAGGCCGGCCGGAAGAAGAAGACGCGCGUGGUGAAUUUGCGACGCAAGGCCGAGACUGAACUCGGUAGCGAGCAGGGAGACGAGACGUCCGAGACGACCUCUACCGGCAUUCCUAUGUCGGAACCCCUCAUGCCUCAUCCGAUCCUGGAAGUACCAGAGGAGGAUCUGGUGUCAGGCAAGGUGCGCUUCAGUCGAUCCCCGGAGCUUAGCGAGCAAUCGCGGAGACCCUCCAUGAGGGGUGAGCGACCCAAGGCUCCCGAUGCACAGAUACCCGCGGCCGGGAUCAACGACUCUGUUACUGCUCUGCAACCACCGAUACAACUGUCGGAGAAGCACAGGCCCCAGGAAGUUUCAAAGGAAUCCGGGACUAUCGACAGCAAGGCCGAUUGGCGGCGUUCACGCCCCAUGUCAGAUACAUCGUCGGUCAUCCUGGAGCAGGCUUGGAUCAUGAAGAUGGCGGGUGAAAUCGCGCGGCGUGUGUACGACGAGAAGAUGCGCAACCCGCAGUUCUGGGAUGACCAGGACGACACCCCGCCGCCCGCAUAUGAGGCGAGGUAAUCUUGCAACUUUUGUUCCGUUUUGACGUUUCCUUGUCCUUUCCUUUGUUUGUCCUUGAUUCGGGAGUUCCCCUUUGGCGUUAAGGGGACGUGACAAUACCACCUA